AUGUUUUUAAGAGAAAGCUUUAGUGUAAACUCUCAGACACUAACUUAUAGUGGUUUAGAAGAUUUUGGGGAGGAAAGUGAAUCUUCUGGUUUAAAUGCCAAUCACGCAUUGGUGUUUAUGUUUCAGAGUUUAGCUCUAAAUUUCACACAACCAAUUGCUGUUUUUGCAUCCAGAGGACCAGUGAAAGGUACAGUUUUAGCACAAUUAGUUGUGAAAUCCAUAUGUUUGUUGGAAAAUAUUGGGAUUAAAGUUGAAGGAGUUGUAUCAGAUGGGGCAUCUACAAACCGAAAACUUUGGGGAGAAUUAGGUAUAUCUGGUAAAAAAAAUCAAAUAUCAAAUUCAUUUGAAAAUCCAAUUGACCGCAAACGAAAAAUUUAUAUAUUUGCUGAUGCCCCACAUUUAAUAAAGAAUGUUAGAAACAGGCUUCACAACAAAAAAAGUUUAAGAGAGUCUCUGGAAACUCCAUACAUAAGGUGGUCACAUUAUAUUGAUGUAUAUGAAAAUGAUAUCAAAAGAAAUUCGAAUUCCCCAACAAAAGUUUGCCCCAAAAUUACGCUAAGACAUUUACAUGUUGAUGGUUUUAGUAAGAUGAAUGUUAAAUUAGCCACUCAGAUUUUUAGUGAUUCCAUGGCCAAAGGUCUUGAAUUUUAUAGAGAUUAUGUAAAAGUAGAAUCAUUAAAAAAUAGCUUUCAAACACAACUUUUUACGGAUCGAUUUAAUAAGCUAUUUGAUGUAUUCAACCGAAAGUACCCCGCAGAAGGAAUAAAAAAGAAAAGUCCUGAUUUCCAGAUUUUAAAAGAUAAUCUUAAUUGGAUUAAUUGUUGGGAAGAUCAAGUUGAAAAUAAAUAUAUUACUAAAGAUGAGUACUUGACUCAAAAUACAGCCGAUGGGUUGCGUGUAACUAUGAAAUCCACAUUAGAAUUAACAGAGUACCUUUUAGAGAAAUGCGGAUUCAAAUUUGUAUUAACAUCCAAAAUGAACCAGGAUAAAUUAGAGCAAUUUUUUGGAAUGUCAAGGCAAGCUACUGGCCCAAAUGAACAUCCAAGUACACCAACAUUUCUACAGGUGUAUAAAAUGUUGUCCAUGUACUCAUUGUUAAAACCACCAAAAUCUGGCAAUUGUAAGAUUUUAGAAGCUACUGUUCAUACAAUUACAAUUACUGAUUUGAACCUAGUUGAUAAUAAAGAACAAGUUUCACAAAGAGCUGAAAAAAUUGAAAUUUUGAGAAAAAAACUUGACACCUUAAUUAUGACUAAUGUGGAAGUAGAUGAUAUUAUUUUUGAACAUAAUAUUCAUAAUUAUAACAAAGCAGAGGCAGAGGACUGUGUUUUAUAUUAUAUUUGUGGGUAUAUAACUAAGAACCUCAUAAAAACUGUAAAAUGUGAUACUUGUCUCACAGUAUUAAUUGGUACUAAGUCAUACUGCAGCAGGCCAGAAGCGGCUCUUCUUAACAUAAAAUCAAAAGGAGGUUUGACUUACCCAAAUGAUUUUAUUUUUGGAUUGCUGAGUACUGUUGAAAAAUCAUUUGCUAAGCACUGCGAUAACAAUAACGUUUUCUUAAUGACUAUUGAUGAAUUCUUUGAAACUAAUAAGUUCAUAAAUUUUCCAUGUAUUGAACACAAACAAGAUGUACUAACUCAUAUUAUAUCCAACUUUAUUAUUAUGAGGAUGAGGCAGUACGCUUUACAUACAAAUAAAAACCAAAGUAAAGAAAAUGCAAAAAAAAAAAAGUUUGCAAAAUUAGUUCACACAUAG